AAGAAGAAGAAGAGGCGUAAAAGAAGAAGAAUGUAACGUAGGAAAAAGCUACAGUAUUAUCGUCGCGUCAGAUGAUUAGCUAAUAGUAAAACACUGUAAAACGACUGACAGUCCAUCUCGCUUUUCAGCGUUACGAAACGGUCAGCAAUGAAAAUUAGUCCGUUAUUUACACCUUGAAGCCUUUUUCGCAGUGCUGAUAAUGCUGAAAAUGAAGCUACCGCUGAAAACGGGCGAGGAAGGAGGCGACGAAACGGCCGAGGACGAUUCAUUGGAUCAGUCGGAGCACCAGCAUAUUCCCAGGGUGGUGCCUCCUUCUUCGGUGUUCGGCGGACUGGCUGACUCGCCCAGACCUAGUGUGUAUCCAUCCCAGCUGGACAAGGAGACUGUUUUCGAGUGGUUUGGCCUACAUUUAAACCCCGCUAAGCGAAUUGAAUUCAUGUGUGGGCUGUUACAUAUGUGCCAACCACUGGAGCUCCGCUUUUUAGGAUCUUACUUAGAAGAUCUCGCUAGGAAAGAUUACCAUGUUUUAAGAGACUUUGAGUUUCGGGCGAAUAGUCCGAGUGAUUUGGGAGUUUUAACGGACGUCAUUGAUCCAGUGGUUAGGUCCAAACUCCUGGUCUGCCUGUCCCUCCUCGGGUCUGAAAGCAGGGAAUGUGCUGGAAUACUCUUUCGGAUACUGAGCCAUGUAGAUCCGGCCUUGUUCUAUAAACAAUAUGAUUACACCCUCCCUCCAUUCAUGGACCCUCACCACCACUCGUUUCAUCCACCAUGCCCUGACAAUGUGUACGGGCGGUCUGAGCAGACCUGCGGCUUAUCCACUAACGAAACAGCGGCAGGACCUCUGGAGCAGUUGUCGCUGCUUUUUGCCAUGGCCUCUCUCCACCCAGCUUUCCAUUUCCACCAACGGGAGAUGGUCCGGGGUCAGCUUGACAAAAUAGAACUUGCCAUACAGGAGGAGAGACGUCAAAGUCAGCUUAGAGUAAACGCCCAGAUAACGGAGCUCACGGGUCAGGAGAGCGAUUACCUGCCUCCCCCAGCCCUGGGUUUGGGGGAGUGUACAGCCUCCCAUUCUCCUUGCCAGAGCCGACGCUCCAGCUGCUGGACAACACAAAGAGAAGCAGUGCAUAUAGAGGGAAUUGUGCUCAGGAGCAUCUCUCGGACCAGGAUAGACAAGGAAUACAACUUUGAGGUGAAAUGGUCAGACUCGUCUUCUAGUAGUGUGACCAAAACCCAUCUGGAACUGGAGAAUUUUCUUCUUAAGCUUCCUAAGGAUCAGUAUACUGAGUCUUUUGAGAAGAGCAUCCUGAGGCUUUUAAACCAGGGGGACCGGAAUGAGAGCAGGGAGGUGGAGAAGAACCUCAGGGAAAGGUUCCUGUCUGCUCCUCCAGUCUUCAGACAGACCAGAAAGGUCUGCAGCUUCUUCAAUUGUGACUCCAGUUACUCUACAAAACCUACUUGCUGCAGAUGCAACUGCCAGCUGGGUAAGGCCUACCAAGGAGACUGUUCUGAUGCCUCCAGUCAAGAGGAAGAUUUAGAAUCGUAUGCUCAAGGACACAAGAAGAAGCACGGGACCAAGAGUCCAUGUCAAGGUCUCUCCAGUGCGAAGGGCUCCCACGGAGAUAGUCGGAGAGGGGGCCACGCUGCAGAGCUCAAUUGUCCAGCAGAGAAGAGAAAGAGCUUUACACUGAGGGGCAGCCAGGAAGUUGAACAGCGCCAGGACACUGAGAAGAGAAGCCAUCCAGUCACUAAAACAAAGAACAGGGGCCUGCCCUCAGACAGGGACAAGGGGAAGGGUGCUGCCUUUAUAGCCAAUGGUAGGUUGGUACCAUCUCUGUCGCCUCAGAGGAAGAAUGGAGGUUUUGGUCCAGAUACCUUUGGGGACACAUCAUCAGAAAGCUACAGCUCUCCAUCCAGCCCCCAGCACAGAGGACAAGAGAGCCUGGAUAGUGAGGACGACAACAACAAAGAUACAGAUAGCCACUCUGAUGACUCCAGCAAAGGCCCGGGCCCUGACAUGUUCUUCGCCCAUCAGACUGAUCAAACUGUAGUUGGGGAGGUAUCCUCUGUCCACCUUCUGUCUGCCAAAAACCACCCGGGCCAGACGGAGCCACUCUUCUUAGGGGCCAGCACAAAACUCCCCCCUCUCUCCUUCAUGAGUCCUUACGUGCUCCCUAACGGUGCUGCUGACUCUCCACUUCCACUGGUCCCUCCUCCCAGCCAAAGCAUCGUCCCCGAUAGGAAGCCCUCAUCAGGGACCCUUAUAAUGCCGAUGCCCCUAGUGCCUCCAGCUGUCCCAGGCCCUGGAAUUGUUGGAGACCCAGAAAAGAGGGACGUGCUCCCAACCUUUGGGAUCCCACCUAUUGGCCUCCACGCUCCAGGAAGUCCUGCUGUGCAGCCUCUGGUUCAGAGGUUCAAAACGGCUUUGCCUCCCAGUCAAAGGGGCACUGAUGGAGCUUCAAGCAGUGGUUCUAAUCCUGCUGCCUUGCAGGCGUCACACCAGGCUCCUGUUAGAGCCAUUGUUGUCAUGUCUCCUGGCCCCACAUCAUACUCCUCUCCUCUUCAUCAGUCUCUGCCCUGCCAAGACUCGUCCAGUGUCAGUUCAGGCCUGGGCUCCUCUCUGCCGCAUGUGGAGACUCCACAUGCCAAACACCCUGGCUUAGCCUUACCAACUGGACUGCCUUCUCCCUACACCCUGCCCCCUGUCCCUACCUCUGGCAUGCCUACUGUAGGAGCAUCUGCACCUUCUGGAAUAGCUCCAUCUCCUGGACACGUACAACCUGCUGUUCCUCUAGCAGUGCCCACCCACACCCCUGGACCUGCCCCCAGCCCAAGCCCAGCGCUCAUGCACAGCACGGCCCACACCGACUGUACAUCCUUCAGCAACAGCGGUGCUUCCUGUGGAAGUACCGCUGUUGCCCCUGCCAACCCUAUUCCUCUUCAGCAAACCCAGCAGCAACAAUUGCCCCCCCAGCAGUCAACACCACCACAACAGCAGCAGCAACCAAUGGGCUGCGGGACCUGUGGUUGUCACAACAACUGCGGUGCCCGAGGCAGCAACAGUAACAACAACAGUGUGAGUGGUGUCCCUGGCUGCCAGGCACCGUUGUUCUUCUCCCACCAGAUGGCGGCAGCAGCACGGCAGGUGUUCAGCGUUCCUCCGCCUCUCUUCCAGCUCACCAGCCUGUGCAGUAACAGUUACCUCACCCAGGCUCAGCCUCCUCACCAGGCCAACGGUGCUGCUACCCUCCCCCCCUUCUUCCCCACUGCUCCACCUCCUGCACACCCGUCCCCCUACGGCCCCCUCCACACUCACUCUCACAGCCACGCAGACGUCCCCUCACAUAUGCUGGCCAACCAGGCUGCCGCAGUGGCAGCCGCCGCAGCUGCAAACUACAACCUCCAGCAGCAGAUGGCCCCGGCAGCAUCGUUUUGCCAGCGUGUUUACCAGCAAAUGUACGCAAAUCCCAUGGGGAUGCUGCCUGCCGCUGCACUCGGGGGAGGUGGAGUCAAUAAGAAGAGUGGCAAUGUGUCCUGUUAUAACUGUGGUGUGAAUGGCCACUACGCUCACGACUGCAACCAACCCUCCAUAGACUCCACACAGCAAGGUGGUUUCCGGUUAAAGUACGCAGCCUCCCACGUUUCAGAAGCACUUGACAAUGCCGACUGAAGAGGAAAGGAGGAAGAGGAGUGUCUGGUUUCUUCCUCUGGUCUCGUGUCCACGGCGACGAGCGCCUGUUCUUCCCCAGGCACUGUGUGGGAGCGGAGCCCUGGAGCCUCUGUGGACUUCAGGAAAGAAAAAAAAACAAAACACGUUCUCAAAAAGAAAGUGACCUGCCAAGGGCUCAGCGGACAAAGCCUAAGUACUUGUGCCUGAGAAAAUCUUGUUCCCAUGGAGACGGUCUUGUGCACACCACACCACACGUGACUCCCGGUUCCUUCCUUUUUAGUCUUUGAUAUUUUUGCACUGAGGUUCGGAAACGAUUAACUUAUUACUUAAUUAUUUGGAAUUUUGAGGAUCGUUUGUGUUUUUACAUUAAGUUUGAGAAAACAGUUCUUAUAAACUUAUUUCUGAAGCAAUGUAUUUAUGCUUUUUCCCUCGAUAUUACCGUUCACCUAGGAUUUUAUGUGUCGGACAGAGUUGCACAGCAGUUUUUUUUUAAAUCAGAAAAGGGAUGUUGGCGAGAUGGAUUAUAUGCUUGAUUUCAUUCUCAUUUUUGCUGGACGGUUUUUGAACGUCCACCGUCUCAUUCAAAGGAGCAGUGUGUAGGAUUUAAAGGCAUCUAGCAGAGAGGUUGCAAAUUCCUCACCCCCCACCACCCCCCUUUCCAAGUGUGUGGUACAACCCCCAUUUGCCUUUUGUUUAACGGGAAACAGCGUGAACCGGCGUCUGUCCGUUCUGGGUAACUGGAGAAACAUGGCCGCCUAUAUAGAUAUAAAGGAAUUAUUCUUUGGGCAUUUUAGGCUUUUAUUUCCACAGGACGGAUGAAAAUAUGAAGGGGGGGCGCCAUAUAUGUGUGCCUGCUCUACCAGCUGAGUUAACCCGACCACAUACAGUAAUCAUUCUAAGCUAACAAAACUAUUGGUAGUAUUAUAUACCAAUCUAAACAUAAUUAUGAACAUUUUAUUCUAUUUCUCCCAAUAAACCCCCCUAAAUCCUACAGUCUGGCCCUUUAAGGAACCGGACUGCAUCACGGUGUAUGUCUCCCAUGCGUUGUUGCCACUUGAUAUAUGUUGGGGUUGGAAGAUAAUUUUAGUUAGUAUAAUUUAUUUUUCAUUUUUAAAUUGGUUUUAUUUGGUGAAAUGCGCUACAGCGGAGCAGCGGAGCAGAUGGAGCCUAUUUACUUUCACUCUCACAAGCUUAACGUUAAACCAGUUAAUUAUCAACAAAUACGGCAUGUGGACUGUUUUGGUGUAGUUUAGUAUUUCAGGUGUGAAACAGCUGUUUGUGGCUCACAGGGUAGAGCAAGGGAUUCUGGGUCCUGGAUCAAACUGAAGACAAACCACAGAGAGAACCCUUCUACCAGGAUCCCAACAGUCAGACCGCCUCUCUCUCAGCCGGUUCAUUUGGACUACCCGUACUGCUGGGUGCUGUCUUCAGGGGGCUCGAGAGAGAGGAGUUAGACUUCUUCUUUUUCAUAUUAUUUAGGACAAUUAAGUACAGAAAUGUUGGCUGUCAAGGUACAAUUCUGCAGAGGGUGGAGCCAAACUACACAGAGGGACUGAGUCCUCAAGACAUUUCUAUAGA